AUUGUUAAAACUGCGCGCGGUCAAAACGCAGGUUAUUCUACUCUACGUCGUUUGCGGAUUUUGUGUAGUUUAUUCUGUUCAAUUUUCCUGGUGACCCAGUUGUAACGUGAUCUGAGCGACGCGUCUGAGUGGUCGGGUUAAGAAGGCUGUGGGUUCUGUGGGUCUUGUAGAUCCAGAAUUUGUCGCGCUGUUGAUAUCUGACAGAGAGAGAGAGAGAGAGAUAGGGAGACGCGAAUGUGUUGAAGUGUGGGAGUUCGGAGUGGUUGUAACCUGGGGUAGUGUCCAUGGUAGAGAUGAACUGAGAGUUGCACUGCAGUUGUGGAAGUGGGUGUGAGUGAGUGGGUGGGUGAUUGAGAUUUUUGGGGACGUUAGAAGGAGGCUGUUGCAAUGCAGGCUGCAGGAUUGCACGCUGUGAAUAGCACGGCGAGUCCAUGCUGGAGGGAGAUGUUGCUGGUCGGGGCGAGCUCGUGCUCCGGUGAUGGCAACAACCGAAGUGCAUUACUGGCGCUGAAAGGUGGCCUUCGCACGAGCUUCCCAGGCGGAUCGUCUAGCGUCUUGAUGGUGCCACGAGCAGUGCUGAGCCAGCGCCAGGAGGCUAGUUCUAGAGCGUCUGCCCGCGCGCAGUCCAGUCUCUUGACAGAACCUUUGGAUAGGAACUUCCAGUCUGCGGAGCAGCGCGUGCACGAAGCAGUUGCGAAGCAAGUGGCUAUUGUGGAGAAAGAGCAGAGCCGAAGCAGUCAAAACCCCAAAUUCGUGGACGUUCGACCUGACCUCACGCCAGUCAGCACCCUCGAGAUGCUAGAAGAAGCGUACACUCGCUGCGGCGAAGUCUGUGCUGAAUACGCCAAAACGUUCUAUCUCGGAACCAAGCUAAUGACCCCUGAGAGGCAACGCGCUAUCUGGGCGAUAUAUGUGUGGUGCAGAAGAACUGAUGAGCUGGUCGAUGGACCCAAUGCAUCGCGCAUAACGCCCACUGCGCUGGACAGAUGGGAGGAUAGACUGGAAGAUAUCUUCUGCGGCCAACCUUAUGACAUGCUUGACGCUGCCCUCGCAGACACCGUCUCCAAAUUUCCAGUCGACAUUCAGCCAUUUAGAGACAUGAUCGAUGGGAUGAGGAUGGAUCUCGUGAAGUCCCGGUACGCCAACUUCGACGAGCUCUACUUGUAUUGCUACAAUGUUGCCGGAACAGUGGGCUUGAUGAGCGUACCCAUCAUGGGCAUCGACCCUGAGUCGAAGGCCACUACACAAAGUGUAUACAACGGUGCUCUGGCACUAGGAAUUGCCAACCAGCUCACCAAUAUCCUUCGCGAUGUUGGAGAAGAUGCGAGGAGGGGAAGAGUGUACCUCCCACAGGACGAACUGGCCCGAUUUGGCUUGACAGACGAAGACAUCUUCGCUGGGAAGGUGACGGACAAGUGGAGGGCGUUCAUGAAGGAUCAGAUUAAGCGAGCUCGCAUGUUCUUCGUCGAGGCAGAGCAGAGCGUGCUGGAGCUCGACAAGGACAGUCGCUGGCCAGUAUGGUCGGCUCUUCUAUUGUACCAACAAAUCCUGGACGCCAUUGAAGCGAAUGACUACGACAAUUUCACAAAGAGAGCAUACGUCAACAAGUGGAAAAAGUUUGCCACUCUUCCGAUGGCGUAUGGCCGGGCACUAUUGAAACCUCCGGGCGUACAAGCGAGAUCAGCGGUACAGUCUUUGUAAUCCUUUGUAUCAUAUUCGGACAAACUUGUCGAGAAAACAAUUACUCGCAUUUCAUGGAUUCGAUCGAGACCUGUAUUUGUUUAGUUCCAGCUCGACUCAGCAUCUUGUAGGGAACGUUAGAAUCCACCCGAGGCAGUGGUAUAUUAGGCAGUGGUAGUGUAGAACAAACGGACCAAGGUGGUUUAUCAUUUAUUCGCGCAGUCGCGGUGGUAUCUGUGCCUUAAAACAGACUGUUAUAUUUGGGAUAGUAUCUCCUGCCAUUCUCGAAUGCCUCGUGAUAGCGAUCUAAAUGCAUGUGCACAAAACGGCACAAUGAGAGUGUUACUUGUGACAAGACAUACGAUAGUAUACGUUCAAAACCAUGCUACAAGUAACAUCACACCGCACUCACAUGAGCAGCUGAGUUUCCACUGACAGAAUAUGUAAAGUAGCAGAUCUCAACUCUUAGCAGUCGCUUUUCAUAAAUUGCUCCAUCGUCAUUAAAAAUCUAGACGUCUUUACCGACACCAGUCUGUUAUCUAACUUCACAAAUGCACACAUCACUGUAGUAAGAGGGGUCAGAAUAAUGUAAUACAGACAGUAAUGAAUGUACGAUCUGAUUAA